AUGGCCAGCUACGAGGCCUGCAAGGAGACACUAUUGGACCAGUUUUAUUUCAGACCGUUUGGGAUUGCGGUCUCUGCUAUAGCGGCCGACUUUGCAAGCAGCGUGGUCAAAGUUCCUCGGGAACUGAUAACGCAACGAAUGCAAACUGGUCAGUACAAGUCCAGCUGGAAAGCAGUGCACAGUAUCUUCCGGGAGGAUGGCUUCACCGGCUUUUUUCGGGGGUAUGCUUCUACUGCCUCUCGUGACGCUCCUUUUAUGCUGCUUCUCUUCCUGUCCUACGAGCAGUUCAAAUCCUGGAAGAUUCGCUUGACCUUCUCGCAGCAGGGCCCUGCUGAGAUCUUCGCUCCGUGGUCAGAUGCAGAGACCGUGCUUUGGGGGGGCAUCUCCGGUACUUUGGCAGCUUGGUUGACGACUCCGUUCGACGUCAUCAAAACGCGGAUCAUGACUUCUAACACUUCCCUCUCCUUCCAGGAGGCCGUGAAAGGGACAAACGGGCUCGCUGGGCUCUUUCGCGGAGCCGCCCCUCGCAGUGCGUGGUGGUUCUGUGUCAGCUCCGUGUUCUUUGCAAGCUACGAACGGCUUCGAGCUGUUCUCCAGCAGCACGUGGACAGUGCCGUGGACACGGGCGGGUCAAAAAAGUUUUGCUGCUGUACGCCUGCAUGGAAUGAGAUCAUCUGUGGUGAGCCACAGCUAAAUGCAGACAUGAUCGAGAACUGCAGCCCCAACGAGAUAGCGGUGCUGAGCCGCGCCUGGCGUCUCGACUUCGGGGUACCAUCGCCACGAAGACUGGCACGAAGGUCGGAGAAUCGAGAGCAUCUGCAGGAGAGACAGCACUACGUUGGUGGCCGUGAGCACAUGUACAUGUUAGACGGCUACGUUGCGGCUGUAGACGAGGAGUUUGAGAAUCGCCGACACAACGUAACGCCGCCCUAUGGCCAACGACCUGCGCCGCGAGAAGCAUGGCCGGAUGACCACCGCUAUCACCGGCAAGAGCAGAGGCCGGUGGUGGUUCGAAGUGACCGGAGUGAGAAGGCUGCUCCAAACAGUCCCUAUGGUCGACAAGGAUACGGCGGCGGAGAGGUCCAUCGAUCGGCCGAGAAAGCCAUGCCGGACGAAGGAGCUGUGCUAGAGACUUCACCUGGCGCCAGCCCGCAGCAGGAACAACAGCCGCGAAAGGAGCUUCGGUUCAAGACGGCCAAGCAAGACGAGAUCAUCGCGAGUCCCAUUGAUUUCUGGGAGGCCUCCUCUGCCAGCGCUAUUUCGGUGGCUUUGGAUGGGUCUGCUGUUUUCGUGGUGGAUAGCGGUGGCCUCAGACGCUUCGACCUGCCAGACUUGCGGCUCACAGCCUCUGCGGCCUACACAGGCGAUGCAGCCGGUUACGCCGAUGUUGCUGCAGGCAUGGACUUCGUUGUGUGUGCUGACGUGGACGGGAACCUCUUUCGCCACGACGCAGUAACGUGUGAGCUACAGCUGCAGCGCACUUAUCAGCCGUCCGUCGUUGAGCACUCGAAGCGCCUGGUGGCGUCUCAUCUGGAUCGUUUGAGCAAUGCUGUGACCGGCCUCGAGGGAGGGUUCGGCGGAGCUUCCCGGCUGGCCGUUGGUGCAGAUGCAGUGUAUUUGGGAGGCCGUGAUGGUGUGGUGACGGCCUAUGUGCCAGGCUCGCUCACGCUCCGAGCCCGCUGCCGGCUUCUGGAGGGGCCUAGCUGUGCCAUCAUAGGAGUUCGUGCCUUGUGCCUUUCGCCUUACAAGCGACUCUACUGUGCUGUCCAAUCCUCCGUGCAUGUGCUCACGACUCCUGGCAUGAGCGAGGCCCAGCAAUGA